CCGGGUUUCUUCCGCGUCGUUCUCUCUUUUUCUCCUGUCCUGCGAUGAUUGACAAUGUGUACAUACUCGACGCGGGCCGACAGCGUUGAGAUCGAACGCGACGACAAGCGGUGCAUCGCACGGUGCGCGAGCGCGACUUCCUCUCGUCGCGGGGGUUGACUUAUUUCUCUCCUCCUCCUAUUCCUCCUCCGCCUCUCCUUCUCUUCUUCCUUGUUGUCCUCGUCAUCGUCAUCGUCAUCGUCGUCGUCGGCGCAUGUGAUAUCGUCAACUGUGUUUAUUUCACGGCGCUGCUUGUGCGCGCAUCACCGGGGCUGCGCUUUCCCCGAAAGGUGCGAGACGCAGGAGAACUCUUUCGCCGCUCCGACGGUGCGAUCGGAAGAGGGGCGGCGUGAAGAGGACACGGGCAAAAGGAGAGAGGACAGCGGGACGGAAAGAGACAGAAGAGAACGAGAUAGGUGCAUAGACGACCGCGACGACUACGAGCUACCAGUGGUGUGUGUGCCUGUGUCGUGCGGGUGCACUAGUGUGUGACACGAGUGAGUGCGUACGUGCGUGCGAGCGAGCGACGUGCGCGGUCGCCGUCGAUCGUCGCACGGUCGUGGGUGCUGCCAGUGCUCGACCGUCAUCAUCAUCGUCGUCGUCGUCGUCGUCCUUGUCGUCGCUGUUGUCGUUGUCGCGUCGUCGUCGUCCUCUAAUCCUAGUCAGUAAAGUGCGGUGCGGUUCGACAGGCUGCGUGCGCACACUGGAGUGCGCCCCGUCGUCGUCCGACAACGACGACAACGUCGCGGUAACCGACGAUCGCGCUCUCCAGAACCCAGAAGACCAGCUUCGGAGUCGGUACCGAUCACCCGGUCGUGAGAAUGGCGGGCAACGGCGUCCCGGUCCUCCUCAUCACCGCAAACGUCGGAAGCAUCUUCGAGGAGCCCAGUGUCAUGCUAAAGAUAUGGACGGAGGAAUUUUUAUCCACCAUAUCGAAGCUGGACCCGAAAUUCAUAGCGCUGCACUGCCAGGAAGUGGGUGGAAAAAAUUAUGAGCAGAGCAUGAGGCACGUGGAGGACUUCGUUAGAUUGCUGAUGUCGUCGGAGGAAUUAAGGCUGUUUGACAAAAUUAGGGUAUUUCUUGACGAGGAUUAUUCAUCCGCAGAACAUUUCACAGCCCUAGGAAGCUUCUAUUUCGUGCAUGAAUCCUUAACCAACGUUUUGUUAUGGGAUUUUAAUGAAUGUGCUUUUACGCCGGUAAAUGGAAAGGAGAUCCAUUCGGGCAACAUAGAGACAGUUACAACCAAAGAAAAAGCCAAGUUUCCUCAGGAAUUCUUCCCGGAAUGCAGAUGGUCCAGAAAGGGUUUCCUACGAACGCGAUGGAGUAUUAGUGGAACUGUUUUUGAUCUCAUAAACAUACAUUUAUUUCAUGACGCAAGCAAUUUUAUUGCUAUGGAGACGUUUCCAUCGGUGUACAGUAAAACGCGCAGAAGAGCGCUCGAGCACACACUAGACAGAUUUCAUAAUGACAAACAUCCAAAUGUGCCGUAUUUUUUAUUUGGCGAUUUCAAUUUUAGGACGAACACAGCAGCUGUGAUAAAAAAACUAACGGAAGAUACUCAAGAAAAGAGGUUAUCGAAUAAAGGAAGUAUCUCGAAGCUACAGUUUCACAACGGGGACGACGAUCUCGUACUAACGUUAGGGAAAAAGGAAUUCUCGCAUUGCGAACAUCAAGAUGUUUUCAUAAAGAAUGGCGGCGAGUGGUUGCGCGAAUACGACAAGGAACUGGAAGAGUUUGACGGGAGAUUGUUCGAAUUUUCAAUCAACUUUGUGCCAAGUUACCCGUUUCAGGAAGAUAUUAAUGAACCCGUGAAUUACAUGCAAACCAGAGUGCCGGCCUGGUGCGAUCGAGUCUUAUUAAGCCCUUCCGCAAAAGCGUUAAUCCAAAAAAUAGAUGAUCCCGACUCAGUGGAGUACGGUAUAAUCGGCCCGACAACGUGUAUGGGUGAUCACAAACCAGUCUACUUGAAGGCUAACCUCAUCUUGGACGCAGGUAUGAUAGACUGCUGCAGCUUGCCAUUUGCACCUGAGUUUUGCUUCCGAGUGCCCAAGAAUUACCUGGAGUUGUUGUACAUGUUGCCUGAUAGCAAUAGUUAUGCUAACGCGCGUGCGGAUUCUGUUGAUCGUUCGUCCCAUCUGUUGCACGCAAUACCCGUUAAGCAUGAUCCCUACACGCCAGAUAGUAUGGACAGUCCGAGUCCGAACGCGUUGAUUGCCUCCGGGGAGGUGCCAGAUCUAGACGCGGAUCACAUCAACAGCAGUAACGGCGGUGACAAUGUGUCGUCCGUGGCGCGGUCGGUGCACGCCUCGAAUAUGUCGCGGCGGCUCAUUAAUCGUGCCGUAUCGCCGGCGCUGCUGAAAUCCCGCCUGGAGCUGAUCGUGCAGAACAAGAAGCGGAAUGAGGACGCGGAGCUAGAAGUGGACGCUUCGGACAUCAAGAGGAGCCCUAGCGAGUGCCAUCUGCGUUCCUGGUCCGACACCGAGGAUCGGCAAUGGUGCGUGAGGAAGAACAGAUGCAACAGCGACGUAUCGUGGCAACGGUCCCACGUGCUCACCGAAGCUUGGAUUCAGGGCAAAGGUCAACAGGGCUAUCACUCGUUCAGCAAUUUCGCGAAUCGGUCAUCCUCGAACUCGAGUCCAGACAUAGUUGACGGGUUGCCACCCGAUCUGAUCAUACCGCGAAUAGCUAUAAUAAACGCGAGUAACUUCGAGUCGAAUGAAAGUUCCGUGUACUUUCACGAUGACAGACUAAGCAAUUACUCGGACAACAAAUUGAGCGCGUACUCGGACGGUCGCACGAAAACGCUGAGUGGCGAAGCGGUGAGCUCAGAGAAGUCGGACGAGAUCUGUGACAAGAUCGAUGACGAGGACAACCGAUCGAGUUCGGGCGCAGACAAGAUAGUGGACAUCAAGGAGAAUAACACGUAUCAGAAAGUCCACAGUUCAGAACCAAUUUCGAGCAAGCAGCUGUAUUUUAAAGAGGACGGUGAAGAAUUCAUCGAGGACCAAUGCGAUAUGUGUAAGGAGACGAAACAUCAAAUGGUAGAAGUGCAAGCCUUCGUGAGAGAUGUAUCCUGUAUGAAAAAUAACGCUGACACCGUCACUGACGGGACGUACAACAAACUGACGAUGGAACGCGAUGUUUCGGACAAAGCUCGUUUUAAAGACAAUAACUGUCACUCUACCGAGGUUGCAAUACUGUUGGAGUCUCCACCGAGUUCUCAGGCAUUACAGAGGAUACAUAAUAAACUUGAUCCGGAUGGAGCGAGCGUGAAAAUCGACAGUACGCAGUGCGAGAGAUCCGAUGACGCGGAGACGGCGCCUCUUAGAAAUCAAGAUUGCGACGGCAGUGCAAUAAAGUCAUGCCCGGACGUGGACGUGGACCACGCGGUAAGUCACGACGCGGAAAUUAUAAGCUGCGAGAGCAACAGAAAAGUCUGCACCUCCAGAAACACGACGAGAAGCAAUUCGGCGCACAGUCAGGAUAUCAGUGAUCAUGCAGGAAAUGUUAGACUAACGUUGAAAGCUUAUAAAGUUACUGAGCGUUACAAGUGCAAUAUCAUGGGAAGACGGACUAGAUGUAGAAAAUGUUGUUGCGUAGUAUCGUGAGAAUACGCUUUAGUUUGCAUCUGGUUGAACCUGUGUAUAAUGUUCCUCCUUUAUUUAUUGUGUUACGUUGCGUCCGCACCAGAUAGAGAGCGAAAGAUACCGAUGGCUUCUCCUUUGAUGAAAAGUUUCGCAAUCAAUAUACGGAAGUUGCCUAUCCUUCUAUCCUUUUAUUGCUUAUAUCUAUCUAUAUUAUAAGUUGUUUGAUUAAUUGCCACAGAGGCAAUACUUCUCUUAGCCUUUUUAAUCAAUAUUGAUUAUUAAUCCUUGCAUUAUUGAUUGCGCGAAUACGGUUCUUUAAUGAGACUAUCGAUAUUUUCCGUUCUCGAUUUCGAACGCGGGUACAACGGUAUAUAUCGUUGCCGCAGUGGCAAUUGGUUAUUCUUUUUUUUUUACUUACAUAGAGUAUUUCUUAGAUAAGUUUUAAUCAUCUUCACGUGUGCUAUCCUCUUCGCGUGUGAUCGAAAUAGCAUCUACAGUCAUAUCACUACUUAGUGUGUAAGAGCAUAAUUUAUUUUCGAAUAGUGUGCAUAUUAUUUUACGUUAUUAGUUGACGUCGUGGUUGGUCAAUCGUAAUAUGUUCCCCGAUGUGUGAUUUACGUAUGAACUCAUACAAGUGAUUAUUGAUGGAAUAAUAUUCGGACAAAUUGCGAGAAAUAUGGAUAAAUGUUUUUCUAUCGGCGACGUCUUGAAACGGUGUAACGGUGACGCAAUAGGAAGAGGAUAUGGUUUUAGUCAUUAACGAUUUCUCGCUUUACGCGUUCCGUUGUGAAAUGUAAAUCUCAUACUCUACUGUGCACUGGAAAUAUCUUGAUGUGAAAUAACAGGUUUGCAUGUGCAUGGUAUUCCAAUGUUGACGUUCUACACACACACGUUUCUUAGAAGAUAUUCAAAUGAUACACAAAACUGUCUCAUGUUUUUUUCCGUUGUAGUCGUAUAAUUUAUAACUAGUAAUAAUCAUCGUUACGUAAUUUAGAUCGUAUAAACUAGGAGAUAGCGAUAUAUGUAUAUUAACGCCACUGUACAACGUCAAGCAAUACGUACAGACUGAUAAAAUCGUUACCAGUAUACAUGAUGCACUUUUACGAGCAGUGCUUUUACGUUGUCCUAUUAUUUUAUAUGUAAAGUCAGUCGCGCGCCCAGAUCCUUGAUACGCACGGCCAAGUACACGUUUUCAAGGAAAUUAUUAUUACCUCGCAGUGUUCUUGUCCUUGAUUAUGUUCUCUUACGUUAUCAUACUAUGUAAGAUUGUUAUUAAAUUCGAUCAUUGAUAGAUUUAUAGGGUAACACGUA